UUUUUUUUUUUUUUUUUUUUUUUUUUUCGUUCAUGGACCCUUCAUCCCAAAAAUAGCAACGCAAGAUCUUCCUUGUUCAAUAGACCAGACAAAAGAAUCCUUGCGCACAGGAAGGAGUCCGAAAAUGAACAUGAAUGACAAGGACAUUGCAGUCUCCCCAUUCGAACAAGCCUCGUACGCUGGUGAUACUUGGCACAGCUCUCUCCUUACAGGAUGCCGACCAUGUGUACUCCGCUGUUGGCAAACUCACCAACUUCACAAAAAUAACGGAUUUCCCCCGGUUCGAUGAAGAUGAUGUGAACAAGGUGCUCUCGGAUCUGGUCGACAUGUCGGGCUGUGAUAUCCCGUCUGCCAAGUGUCGCAAGCUAUCAGGACGAGCCCGCUUUUCCAUUAAUAUCGUCAACCGCCUCGUCGCUACCGGCUUUAUCCAGGACUCCAAACAAGCUACUCUGGAUAACGCCAUUAACUACACGAUUGAGCAUGUGAUGAGUGGGCUUCGGAAUGGGAUACACACUAUUCUCGAGAGCGACAAAACAGGCGAGGCAGCUCGGCUUCUCUGUCGAAUGGUCUUGGCCUAUCAUCUCCAAGAUGUCAAAAUAUCGUUCUCGAGCCACCAGCAGUCCGACUUUGUGGACAAGGCCUUGUGCAGACUACGACCACAUCCUGACGGCAUUCACUUGAUCAUGGACGAGCCAAUGGUGGUUGAGGCGGUGCAGGAGGAGCUAAAGGCUUCGGAUAAGGAUCCCGAGUUCUCGGAGUACCUGGAUCAAUUUUUUUUCAUAGUUAAAUUAAUCAAUAAGGAAAGGAUGCAUGAAUGAAAGAGUAGCCCAUGCUAGUAUUCCAUUUCAGAUCGUAGUCGAUGCCCAUGGUCCAUGAACAGAGGGCGAACAGAAUACUUCCCAAUCUACCCUCACGCGGACAAUAUCAUAAUACGCAGAAGUAUUGAACAGGC